UCAAGAUGGAGGCAGUGCCCAGGCUGCCGAUGUUAUCCUUCGAAUUAAAACACAGCCCAGAAUACGUAGAAUUUGGACCAUCACUGAAACAGUAUAUUCGAGAGCACUAUGGGGAGGACCCUGCCCUGUACAACAAACCAUGCACUGACCUGGAACAGCUCAGACAGGGUGCCAUCCACGUGAAGCGCGACUUCAUGGGUUGCAGCACUCUUAAGAAGUACUAUGCCCAGCUGCAGUUCCUGCAAGGUAGAUUCCCCAUGGGGGAAGGGGGAGAGGCGGCGAUAGCCUUCACGUGGGAGGACAUUCAGACAGGAAGAGAAUACAUCCUCGGGGACAUCAAGUUCGAGCAAGCCUGUAUCCUGUACAAUAUCGGUGCUCUGCAUUCCAUCCUGGGAGCAGUGGAUACUCGCCAUAGUGCUGAGGGUAUGAAAGUGUCAUGCACACAUUUCCAGUGUGCGGCGUGGGCUUUCGAACAUCUGCGAGACUAUUUCGGGAGUUCGGCAAUGAGUACAGACAUGUCCCACGAGCUUCUUACAUUUCAUGUCAGUCUCAUGCUGGCUCAAGGUCAGGAAUGUAUUCUGGAGAAGUCAAUGAUUGACAGUCGGAAGAACACCAUCACAGCCAAGGUGUCUGCUCAGGUGGUAGACUUCUAUAGGACAGCCAUCAAAAACCUGGAGACAUGCAACCAAGAGGGCAUUGUCAGCUCCAGGUGCUAUAAGGACUGGAGGAAGCGCAUGGAGCUGAAGGUCUGUUUCUACCAGUGCAUCACAUUCUACUACAUGGGACGACAGGCAGAGGACCAACAGAAAAUGGGGGAGAGACUGGCGUACUUCCAGGCCAGUCAUGACAAACUCAACGAGAGCAUCAAACUUGCCAAGAAUGAAGUUCCUGAAAUACAAGAUGCCCUGAAGUUUGCUCAAGAUGUGGUUGGCGGAAAAUUCAACUCGGCCAAAAAAGACAAUGAUUUUGUGUACCAUGAAAAAGUCCCUGCAUUAGACAGUCUGCCAGAAAUAAAAGGGGCAUCACUGGUGAAGGGGAUCCCAUUCAACCCAACAGAUCCAGAGAUUUCUGGUCCAGAUAUUUUCCAAAAACUUGUUCCAAUGGAAGCGCAUGAAGCAUCAUCAGUGUACAGUGAGGAGAAGGCAAAGCUUCUCAGGAAGGUCAGCGGAGAAGUGGAAGAGAAGGUCAUGGAACUUGAACAGUACAUGUCGUCGCUGCAACUUGACCCUCACAAGCUGAUGCCCAGGAUGGAGCCCCUGCCACAGGAACUGCUGGAGAAAUGUGCAGCCAUGAGUGUCAAGACUGGCGCCAUCCAAAGCCUGAUAGAGUCAAUGGCAGCUGUCGCUGGUACUGCUACUGAGGUGGAGCUCAACUUGAAAGAAAUCUUUGGUUUGUUGGAUGAGGAGCGGAAACAGGAUGAAGACUUCCAGAAAACAUUUGGCAACCGGGCACCCAAUAUUGUGUUGUCUGAGAUCCGUAAAGACACUGAGAUGCAACGCUAGAAACACAAGCAGGGCAGCCAGUCAAAUGAGAACCUCCACAAGGCCAUGAACGUCCACAUUGCCAACCUCCGCCUGCUGGCCGGAGCACCUGAUGACCUCCAGGCCACACUGCCCAAACAGGAGUUGACCAACUCACCAGAGGAUGAAGCUCUUGUACAGGAACUUCAGCGACUUCUGUCCAAAGUUGAUGAGAUGAGGAAACAACGUCAGUCCUUGAUGGAAGAGCUUCGAACAAAGGUCCAGAAUGAUGACAUCACAAACGUACUGGUUACUCAAGACAGUGGCAGUAAGGAUAGCAUCUUUGAGGAGCAGCUGAAGAAACAUGACAAGCUGGUGACUCUGAUUCAGCAGAACCUUGGGGCCCAGGACAACAUCCUCCGAGCCCUCACCGAUACCAAUGCCAGAUACGCCACUAUUAGGAAGGCCACCAGUGAGUCUAUUGCCAGACGUGAUGCCCGGAUCAGUGAGCUUAUCAAGUCAUAUGAGGUGUACGAGGAUCUUAUGGGAAAGUCUCAGAAAGGUCUGGAGUACUACAAGAAACUGGAGGAAACGGUCGGGCGCAUCUUGACUCGGUGUCGGUCUGUGUGCAAGGUACAGCAGGAAGAGAGAGAUCAGAUCACAAAGAGAUUUGCUGCCAAAGAGGCCCCAUCAAGGCCAGCAGCACCAAAACCAGCAUCAGCUCAAAUCCCUGGCCCAGCUCCCGGCCCAGUGCCCGGCACAGCACUACCGGGUGAAACAACUUUGCCUUCCUUUGAAGGUCCCAAACUGCGAGAUUAUCUCCCAUUCAUGAAACCAGCAACAUUUGGACCCAAAUCUACAGACCGAGGUCCUCCAGACUCUCCAGGAGAUCAUGUCCCAGGUGGAUCCCUACCUCCCAGUCUCUCGGGAUCUCCAGUACACCAGAGAGGGGGAUCUCCCCGGAGCAGUCCCGCAAGACAGGUUCCUGCAGGUGGAGGUCCUGCUGGAAUAGAUUACUCAAGUCUUCCUCCAGAAGUGGCUGCCCAGCUGGCAAAACUUCCUGCAGGCUUCUUCAACAAGCUCAAAGAUGGAGGGGGUCCUGAUGCUACCGAUGGUCUUCGACCCCAGCAGCAUCCCACUGUGCCUAGUGUCCCCAGUGUCCCAGACACUGGCAUAGACCCCAACCUACCUCCAGAGAUUCAGGCCCAGUUGGCCAAGCUUCCUAAAGGGUUCUUCAGUCAUAUGAAGGGCAGCCAUGCUUCUGGAGGUGUUAGUGAUAACCAGCCUUCUUCCCUCCCUCAUCUACCAGUGUCUGGGUAUGGAGCUGCAGCAAACAUGGGUCAGAAUUAUCAUGGUUCUUUGCCCAACAUGACUCAGCUUCCCCAACAUCCAGCAAGAAGGUUCGAUAGCACUAGCACUGUCUCAUCCGUGGAAACACCAGUUAUCUCCCCUACAAAAGGCCCACAGGGUGAUCCUAAUAUUCACCAACACACCCAUCAUGGUGGACAGGGUGGAGAAUUCUCGGCAGGACAAGGACAGCCUCAUCAUCAAAUGAUGGCACAGUAUCAAAAUAGAAACUUACAAAGUCAGUAUUCUGCAGAUCAGAUGUUGCCAUCUGUUGGUCGUGAACCAAGCGCUAUGUCACCUCACAAUAUUGGACAGUUGGGCCAAUCAAACACAGCACAACCAGUUUCCCAAUCUCAUCCAGGAAUGCAGCAUCAGGCACAUCAUGGCCUCCCACAGCAACAAUCUCAACAGCCUGUGGUUCCCCAACAGCAGCCACAGCAGCCUGCUCCUGCCUCUUCUCCUCAGCCUGGUCAGUAUUCAGCCACAGGUCCUCAGAGUGCACCUCAGCAAACCCCACAAUAUCAAUAUCAGCAGCAGCCUGGGAACCAGUUUCAACAAGGUUAUCAGCAGUUCCAGCAGCCAGCUGCAAGCCAGUAUUACCAGACACCUGGACAAGGAACAGCCAACCCUAGUCAAACAAGGACCAUUCCUCCUAACCAGGCUGCUCCAUCACAAACUGGUUAUGGUAGUCAGCAGUACACCUCAUCAUCCCAGUCUCACUAUGGAUCCCAAGUCAGUGGAGGUCAAACUUCACAGACACCUAGUGGUCAAUCCUUUCCUCAAAAUCAAACAUAUCCUGUUAAUCAAACCCAGCCUGGUUCUCAACAUGGGAGAGUUCAGAUGCAGACAUCCAUGACGCAAGGUCCGGCUAAUGUUGGACCUUCUCAAACAGUAUUAGCACAGCAGUAUCAAAUGCCUAAUGUGCAACAGCAACCAAGUGUUCAAGGAGGUCAAAGAAAUGUGCAAUCUUGGCAGGGCCAGCCAGGCCAACCACCUGUAUCACAGACUCAGCCACAGCCUAAUGUUAAUUAUGGUGGACAGAUGCCAAAUACUGCACAAGCCAAAUGGCCACAGAGUCAAAGUCAGCUGCCACAGCAACAACAACAGCAGCAGCAGCAUGUGCCAGCCCCACAGCAAGUAUAUCAACAUUAUCCAGGACAGGCCUCUACCCCAUACAGCCAGGCAGGGUACAGCAUGCAACAGCAACAGCCAACUAUUGCCAGCUCACAAACAUUCGUUCAAUCUCAGCAGCCUGGAGUUGCAACUUCCUCUGGAUAUUACUCUCAGCAGCAGCAGCAGCAUCACCAGCAGCCGCAGUCCCAGCAGUCUACAAACACUUAUAAUCCUUCGUUCCAUACCCAGCAAACCCAACACACAAGAAUGCCAUCACAGACACAGGUGUAUCCACAGUCUGCAAAUCAAGCCCCUCAGCAAUACCAGACUCAACCUAGAGGUCCUCAUCCUGUUCGUCCCCAAGCCAAUUACCCAAAUGUCCAACCAGUUCAGUCUGCCACAGGGCAAAUCCAGCCUCAGAGUCAAGGAUACGGAAUGCAGCCAGCUAAUCAGCAACCACAGCAACAGAUGAUGAAUCAACAGAUGCAUUUCCAGCAGCCACAGACUUCCGUUGGGCAGUAUCAGUAUAACAAACAAGGACAGACUUUACCCAACACAUAUUCCACCCAGCAGGGUGUACCUGGGCAACAAAGUCCACAGAUGAGCCAAGGCCCAUACCCUCAACAACAACCAGUGAGACCACCUUCAGGUGGGUACACUCAACCAGCUACCCAACCUCCCAUGUCAUACCCAGUAAAUCAGAGAGCACCUGCUCCUCAAGGCUUCAACCAACAGAUGAUUCCACAGACAGGACAGACCAACCAACUGUCCAGAUCACAACCGCAACAGCAGAUGCAAUACCAGCCUGUUCUGCAACCAACCCAAGCAGCAGCUAUGUCAAAUCAAGUGUCUGGUAGCUCUCAGCCAACUCCCCAAUCUCCUGUAACUCCUCAUCCAGUUCCCCAGCAACCUACUUCCAACACAUCUGUCCAUCCUGCUCAACCUCCUCAAGGUGCUCUUGCACAAACUCCUUCCCUCCAUCCUGGUCAGCAACAGAACCAAGGUCUGGUCAAUCCUCCGAACCUGUCCAGACAGAGCUCCUCCCUGGAUGAGAUUCUUUCAUCCAGUCCAGAGAGUGCCAAAGACUCAUCUAUUCCUGCACCUGUGAUUGCCCCCAAAGUGUUAACUGCCCAGGAGAUUCAGCAGCAGAAGGAAGAAGCUAGGAAAAAUAAAGACAUUUUUGAGCCUCCAAAAGAGCCUUAUUCUUCUGGUUGUGAACUCAAUAAGUUUGUUUCGGAUGUGGAAGCGUUUGGAAAACUUGUUGAUGAACUUAUGAUGGCAAAUGUGAUGGGUCAGACAAAGCUCGAUUUCAUGUGGAAGGAGCUGUCAGACCACCAGGAACAAGAAGGCAAAAAACAUUCCAUUGCAAUAGCUCGAUGUUACCCCAUGAAAAAUAGAGACCCAGAUAUUAUGCCAUAUGAUGAUACCAGAGUGAUGCUGUCAACCCUGAAGGAUGACUAUAUUAAUGCCAGCUGGCUCAAUGACCUGGCUCCAUCUUGUCCCAAGUUCAUCGCAACCCAGGCCCCCAUUCCAGUGACAGUCAAUGACUUCUGGGUGAUGGUGUACGAGCAGGGCAUCGAAGUCGUCGUGAUGAUCACCAGUGAAUAUGAGACGGGGAAAAAAUACCCCUGCUACUGGCCGACAGAGAAAGGCAAGCAAGUGGAACAUGGCCACGUGAUACUCAACAUGCAGAGCGUCAAAUACAAGGAGUUGUGGACAGAGAGGAUAAUCCACAUCAAACAUUCCGAGACUAAACAAGGGCGCACUGUGGUACAUCUGCAGUACAAGAACUGGCCUGUCAGCGGAUUUCCUGAAGAUGUCUCACACAUUGUCAAGUUCAUCGAAGAAGUCCACAGCUUCUACAGACAACAACGAAGCUUAAUGAAACCUGUCAUGGUGCAUUGUGGUAACGGCAUUGGUCGGAGUGGUGCCUUCCUGCUCAUAUACACUGGCAUGCAGGAGAUUCUCCAUGGCAACAGUUUACCUGACAUUCUGGUAAUGGCAGGCCGGCUGUUGCAGAAGCGUAAGAAUAUGAUACAGAACAAGGAACAGGUCAAGUUUGCCUAUGACAGCAUUCUCUUCUUUGCCGAGGAAUUUCUCAGAAAGAGGGAUAUUUUAGUGAAAGCUCCCCACUUCAGUGGACGAAAGAAGUCGACAGAUUCCCAUGUCUACCAUCCAGACAAAGAUGACAUAGUUCUUGGAUCUGUCAAUCUUGAAAUCAUCAAGAAAAAUGUUGGAAAACUUGGUGAAAAACACAGCAGUGAUGUGCAUGUUGCUUCCUCAAAUGGAGACUUACAACAAGGGCAGACAAUUCAUGAAACAAAUAUCCCAAGGGAAGACAACUCCAUUGGAUGUUUGCCAGACUUAAUCCAGCAACCAUCGAGAAAUGAGAAUGUUGUGGGCGUUUCUGGUCAGAGCAUCGCACAGACAGAUAUUUCGAGCGGUAGUGGCAGUCCGCAGGUACGAAGCAGAUCAGGAUCCAAUACAUCCAUCAAGAGCGGAAGCUCCGUCAGUGCAUCCCCUUUGAAGGGCUCCCCUCAGCAUAAGGCUGAAGGAAAACCUGUUCCAAAUUCUCUAGUAGAUUUACAGAACCCUAGUACAUUCACUCUCGGGACUGCAACACCAGAGAAGAAGAAAAUAACGAAGGCAAGUUUUGCCGGAAAACCAGCAGGAAUAAAGGAGAAUUUGAACAGACCGGAUGAUCCAUUAAGUUCACUGGAUCCCUUGUGGUCAAUUGGGAAAGAAAAAUGAUUGGCGUCCUUGACUUCCGGAAGUUUCUGUGUGACCUUGACAUUGUGAUGAAUGUAACGUGAUAUGGCCACUAAUGAAGGAUGAAUGUUGAACAGUCCUAUUAAUUUUAACAAUUGCUCCUCAGAUUAAGAUAUUGUAUCAAAGCCCUGCAAGCACACCAGGAUCCUCUAAAUGUCCAACCUGUAGUCAUGACAACCUUUUAUUUGCAUUUAUGGCUAUUUUUCAGUGUGUGAGUGAGAUGUAUCAUCCAUCUAUGUAUGAUAUACAGACACUGCUUUUGCUGCCUUCACAAAUAAACCGGGUCCUUUGUCAAAAGGUGCAAGGAAACUAGUAUAUAUAGUUUACUGGUGCUGACCAAUAUGGCAUCUUUGUUUGAGAGUCUGCUUUUUUCAGAGUACUAUAUCUCCAUCUGGUUUUGAACUAUACCAUGCACCCAUUUGUUUAUUUCUGACUCAUGGGGCUCUAAAACUAACCAUGCAGUUAAAUUAAUCUCAUGUGCAAGAAACAUUCUGUGCUGAGUUUUCUAAGUGAGUGAGUGAUUAUGGUUUUACGCCGCUUUUAGCAAUAUUCCAGCAAUAUCAAGGCGGGAGAUGCCAGAAAUGUUUCUAAUGAAAGAUAAGGAGAUAGUGGUAUUGCUUCCAAAAAGAAGCUAUGGUGGCCCCAGGGAUUAGAUUAGAGGUGUAAUCCACUGGAUCAUGCUGAAGUCUUGGUCAGAAUAAUGAGAAUUGGUCAUGCAUUAUCUAACAUGUCAUGAAAUGAAAUGAGCCAUUGCUCGGCAGAUGUGAGUGACCUUGAAUGGUUAUUUAUUAAACAUGGCUACAACAAAGGGGAGAUGCACAAUCGAAAUGCUGUAUUUACUCUGACAAAAUUGGCUACAAAUUUCUGUGUGUAACCUUUGGUUUUCCUUCCUAUUUUAGAUAAAACAUUAAACAUUGAUUAUGUUCAUAUAUGAUCCUAAAAUAUUUACUCCAAAACUGUCUGUUGUCUGGCUGUAUUUAAGAUAUAUCAGACUUCUGAAGUGCAUUAAACAUAGUCAAUAUAUAUUCUGUUAUAUAAGAAAGAAAAUUCUAUAUAUACUGGUUGUGGCAAGACUUAUUACAACUGAUGUAUCAGAUUCUUAGAAGGGCAUAUAUUUUAUUCUCUGUCUUUCAGAAUAUGUAAUAUUGAACUAGUCAGUGGGAUUUUUUGAGAGUGGUUAUUGUGACAGAUGGGGGAAAACAAUGGUGUUUAUCUUACUUGUGUCAAAGUAUCAGACUAGGACAGCGUCUCAGCCUGUAGUUACAGAAUCAGCCUCCCAGACUGAUCUUGACAGUGUGAUAUGAACGAUCUUGCUGACAAUUGCAUCUGUGUGUUUGGUACUGUUGGCGAAAAAUGUUUGUGAUAUUUCAAUGUCGGUGUCCCGUUGUGACAAAUGGAUAUUAUUGAUUAGGACGGUCAGUGUUGUAAAAUGAUUGACUUUAUCAUCAAAAUGUCACGUAAGGAUGUUGUAGACUUCUGCUUUUACCGUACUAGGAUUUAUAUAUUUAUGAUUGAUUCCUUUUGCCUAGCAUUGAGGAAUAACAUGGAAUAGCUUCACUGCUACCGAGGCUGGUAACUGCAGCCCCAGUUUGGUGGAGUAUUCGGAUCAGUUUUAGUUAAACUGUUAAAGAUAUGAUAAUAUCUUUAUCAUUGAUUGAAUAAUUAUGUCAUAUUAUUAUUUCUGAAAUCACCAAAGUGUUAUUCACUUUUCACAUCUGUGAGAACAUGGUAUUUUAUUUGGAGUUUGUAGUUAAUAAACAUUUUUAGGGCCAAUUACUUAAAAAACAGCUUAACUAUGCCAUAGUAUUCCAGAAGAAACAGUCUGACCAGAAGAUGUGUCUGUGUUGUAUUAUGAUUAAUCAUUAAUGUUAUUUGAUAAUACGAAGUGAGGAGGAAAUAGGCCACCCACUGUCCUCAUUAGGGUGGAUAUAGGUCAACUAGCGACAGCAUGCGUGUUAACAAAGUAUUUGGUCUCAUGGAAUUUUUCACCAAACUGCUUGAAACAAAUACAGCAUCAAACUUCAACAAUAUUGUGUUGAAUGCUGAGCAUGUUUUUUGUUUUUCUUAUUUUUUCAACAAAUAUUUAUUCUUUUUUUUCGCAUGAAGAAGUACUACAUUCAUGACAAACAUUGACAGUUUAUCAAGUGGGGUGCUUAAGCCUGAAACAUUCUUGAAGAUUCUACAUAUGUAAUUUUAAUCUGUAUAAUUCAUUCCAUAGUGUUUCAUUGUGGCCUUGUAUCCUCUGUGUUGUGUAUCAUCAGCUUUAAGGAGUUACUCGCAACACGCUCACACCAUGCUACCUCCCCAAAUACUGAUGUCAUUUAGUAGAGACACAGCAACUUGUUUCUUUCAGCUUUCCACCAAACAUUUGACUUGUACCAUUUGCUUCUCUCUCCUGUAUCCCGAGAUAUAGUGGAAAUGUUCUGUGACAUGUCCCCCAAAAACCCAGUAAAAACAUCUCACUUAAACACACCCCUGAUCUGGGCAUGGGCACUGGCUUGCAUGUGACCAGCCGACUUGUCACUUUCUCCAUUUUCGUACUGUUCAAAGAGGA